AUGCAGGAGCAAGACCGAGAAGCUUUUCACGCCGGUCUGAUCCACGACGUCUCGCCCAGAACCAUCGCACCUUCCCUUGGACGGCGCGUUGUCGGAAUCGAGAAGAUUGACCGCGACACUCAGUUCACCAGAUGUAUACCUUGCGAGUCGAAGAUUCAGAUGCCAAGCGCUCACGCAGCGAUCGUGCUAUCGUCCUUGCUGGAAGAGACUGAGCGAUCACGCUCGAGUGUAGUUGCAAAGGAGAGGAAAAUGGCCGUCCACACAGAGACAGACAUCGAAAAUGAGAUGGGGUCCAGUGAGAGGAGAUUUGACGAUCAAAUGAUCCUCCUCGGGUGUGGAAUCCUGAUGCAAGCAAGCGGUGGAAGAAGCAUAGUACCACGCUCUUCGGAGGGAAACCCGAUGCUUGAUGACACUCGUGCUGGGCCAGAAGCGAGUCGUGUAGUGGAGGUGCUUCUCCUCAAAGACGAGGAGCUGUGGACCGAGACAGUAGGUGAGUCUGGUGAAGACAUCGCGCAAGAUCCGCUGUUCUGGGUGCGAGCAGAUCGCCUGGGCAAGUCUGCUGCAAGGUUGAAGAUCAUCCGCACGUCCCAGUUCAGCAGCGAUAAGCACAAGCUGCGGACCCAUGAGGACUCCGAGAAGGCGACUUACUCGAACGACUCAACGGCGAAGAAAUCAGAAACAAGAGCAAAGAAAUUCCGAAGGUGUCAUUCGAGGCAUUCACGGAGCCAAAGCAAUCAACACGCAAGGGCGACGUGA